AUGCCGAUAAACCAUAGUCAGGAUGUAACGGUAGCUGCUUCUUCAUUAACAUCAUCAAUUGACAUUACUGCUGCAGCAUCUGAACCUACGCCAUCAGUGAUAGACACAAAUGCUGUCACAACGACAUCGAAUAAAAAACAAAAUCGAAUGGAUACAUUAUCAGAUUUAACUGUUCAGUUGAAUGAAAUUACUGAAGAUCGUGAUAAAUGGAGAGAUAAUUGUUCAGCAUUGGAAAAACGAUAUUCGGAAUUGAGUGAUGUAUCGAUGUUAAAUUCUGAUGUUAAUUAUGAUGAUGAAGCGAAAAAGCUAGGCAUUCCAUCGAAUUUAUUAAAAUAUUGUUUAAACCUAUCUAAACCACCAACAGUAACGGCUCGAAAACUAUUCCAGCAAAUAUCUUUCGGCGAGAAAUUAUUUGGACAUCUUAAAUGGGAUAGAAAAACUAUCAAAACUAGUUUACAAAAUUUAAUUCGUGCUGAACGGUCAAAUUUAAAACGUGAUCAGAAAAACGGUUGUCCAAAUGAACAAAAUCUUGAUCAUAAGGGUUUGGUUGUAGUUGAAUCUGUUCCUGAACAUACUGAGUAA